GCAUUCUGUUGCCACGGUUACAGAGGUUGAGCUAUCUAGCUAGCUGCGCACGUUGAGCCACACUUUAGUUUUUAUGGAGAUGCUUCUGUUGUUUUAUAGUUUUAUACAGAAGAACCAGAGCAGACAUUAGAGGGAAGUUUCUUGUGACAAUAUAUAAUUUAAAUCUGACAAAGAUGAGGACCAUAACUUCAUCCAGCGGGCAGGAGGAAGGUGUGACCGUGAGGAGGAGUGAAUCAGCAGAUGCUCAGGGGGUUGACCUCCUCAUCACUCCACUAACUAUGGAGGUUUUUGGAAGAGUCAAUAUAAUCCAUCUCCUAGAGAAAGCCAACCUGGCCGUGACUCUGGCCGAUGAGAAGGAGAACAUUCUGGCCCACGCCUCCUUCUUCGAUCACCCUGUUGGAGAUUUGGUGGAUCAGACUCGCUGGGAAUGUUUCCUGCAGAAAAACUUCAAGGCUGAAACAUGCACACCUUGGAACACGCUCUUCCUUCACCUCUUUGUGGCACAGCCGGACUUUGCCUCAGCAAGCAUGAAGGAAAUAAUGAGGGCCGUCUUUAACGCAGUGACAGAGCUCGAUCACGUCUGCCUGCUCAGUCCACACAUCAGUGCUUUAGAGCCAGCGCUGGAGGAGACGUUUGAGCCACUGCAGCGCCUGACCGACCCCGGCCCUCAGUGUUUGGCUUUAAUCUGUCACAGAGAGGAGCACUGCCCCAGGCUUCACAUCCGCCCAGCCAGGGUUGAAGAUCACAAUGACGUCCUGCCUUUAUUUGCAGAGCAGACCAAACAUCUGUCUGCAGAGCGUCAGUAUUUCCUGGCUGAGCUCAUCGAGGCGCAGGAUGAGAGGAAUCACACCGCAGUGUGUGAGAGCGAUGGAGUCGCCGUCGGCUUCGUCAGCCUCACCUCUGAUGUGGAUUUAAACCGUCUGAACUCCCACUUUGAUUUGAGUCAGUUUAACGGUUUGUACAAAGAUGAAGAAGCUGCAGCUGAGUCUGAAUCCAGAGACAAUGAAGAAGAACCGACACAAACACAUGGAGCAGAGUCACAGCAGCAGGAGGAGGAGGAGACGCAGACGGAUCGACUUGUUCCAGAGAAAUCCAACGCGUUCUGUGUUCGGUUCUUCAGCGUUCACAAGAGCUACGACAUGAGAUCAGUGGACUUUAUUCCGUAUGUGUUCGGCCUGUUCCCUGACCUGGACUUCUGCAUCAUCACGGUCCCCACGCUGUCCCCUGAGUUCCCGUUUCUGCAGAGCUUCCACAGAGCACAGCGCCGUGCAACCAGUCUGCUGCAGGACGAGCUCUACAUCUUCCACCGUGACGGGCUCGGGAACGUUGAGGUGAGGCCGGCUGUAGCUGCAGACCGGCCGGCUGUCUCGGAUCUGGUGAAGGAUCUCAGCCUGAGGGAGUCCCUGCUGCAGGACCUGGACUGCUUCUACGAGUCCUGCAGAGAUCUGGACGGGGUCACUCUGCAGGCGUUUGUAGCUCAGGUGAAGAGCGAGGUGGUGGGGAUACUGAUCAUCAGAGACGAGCAGGACAUCGAGUACAUCCGUUCCCACUACAACAUCGAGAACUUCAUCUACUUCAGCCACCAUCGCUACGAGGAGCACGCUCAGAUACGCCACUUUGUCCUCAGACCCUCCCUCCAGCACUUCUCCAAGCACUUGUUCAAAGAGGUCCUCCGGCUGGCUCUCAGGUCCUGCCUGUACCUCAGGAUCCUCCCCUCGGACCGCAGCCAGGAGAAUUCCUGCAUCCACCAUCUGGACUCGGUCCUCAACUGCGCGGUCCCGGUCCGCCCGCGACGCCAGAUCAUCUACCCGCUGGAGGAGCUUGGCAUCAACGCCCCUUCCAGGCAGAUCACGGAGGACCAGGCACCGUUUGCUCUCAGCCUCAUCAGCAGGAAGUUGACGCUGGAGCCAAAGGUCACCAUUAACGCUCGGAUCGUGGUGGUGGGGGCGUCAGACGUGGGUCUGUCUCUCCUGGAGGUGCUUUGUUUCUGCCCUCACCUCAAGUUCAACAACCUGACACUCAUCUCCAUACACGGACUUCCCAGCCACGUCGACCACGACCACCACGAUGGAUUUCUAUCCACAAGUCAUGCAUUCAGCAGCCGAGACUUCGCUCAGCUGCCUCUUCAAACCUGCAUCAACGUGGUGACCGGGAAGAUGGUCGGCAUCAACAGGAAGUCCAAAAGCGUCUCUGUGUCCGGUGGUAGGAAGGUGGCCUACGAUCACCUCAUCCUCUGUACGGGGCUGCAGUACCAGGUGCCGUGUCCGACCGGUGUGGAUCUCAGCCGGCCCGUCACCAACAGUCAGCUGCAGGCUCAGUUCGCUCACUGCAGAUACACCCAGCCCGUCCCCUCCAACCUCCUCACCCUCAAUGACCUCCAUGACUGCAGGGCUGCACGCCGCUGGCUCUGUGCCAACUUUGUGGAGCUGGAGGAAAACGCCAUCGUCUACGGGAACAGCAUCGAUGUCUUCACCACCGCAGAGACUCUGCUCAGCCUCGGUGUUCAGGGACGUCGCAUCCAUCUAGUGCUCCCGCCUCUUCCCCCCGGGGCGUCCUGCUUCAGUGACCCUCAGGUGAAGAAGGCCGUUCAUGCGGCCCUGCAAAAGGCCGAGGUCCAGGUCCAUCACGACUGCCUGCUGGCCCGGAUGAACGACGGAGAGCAUCCGGAUCCUCUCAUGUGUGUGUCAUUCAGCACAGACGCAGAGCCUCUUCAUCUGCAGUGUGGAGUGUUCAUUAAUCUCUCCAACAGAGGAGUGGACUACGACGCCUUCAGAAGCAUCAACAGCUCCUUCCUGGUCUUCGACAGCAGACUCGUCAUUAACGCCUCGUUCCAAACCAGAGACCCGGACAUUUCAGGAGCCGGACCUCUCACCAAAUUCUCCCGCUGCUACUACGCGGACGAGUGGUCGCACGCCAACUUCAACUCCAAGGAGGUUGGCCAGGACUUGGCGGCCAUGCUGCUGCCUCUGUUUGACCCGACGCUGGAGCCCGUGGACCAGCACCAGUCUGAUGUGGAUCGUCAGGUCCGGCUGUACAAACAGGCCAAGAUUCAAGGUGGGAAGCUGCCCGGUGGAUUUAACUACCUGCACGUCACCAAGCCGUCUGCCACCGGCCUCCCGGGCGCUCCGGUCAAACACUUACAGGACAAAGGCAUCGCGACCGGACGAGUGGAGACGGGGAACUACUUCUGCGUACGCCUGGACAGCUACGAGCUGGUGGAGACGCUCACCUGUCUCUCCCUGAAGCCCCUCCCCGUCUCCAAUUACCUGAGUCUGUACGGGAAGCACGAGCAGCUGCUGGGCCAGCUGUCCACCUACUACUACCAGGGCCUGAUCCCAGACCUGUACAGCUUCCUCAGACAGAGCUGGUGUUUGGCCAUUUAUCACGACCGGUUCUCCGACUUCGAGCAGGAGCUGCAGCAGAUCACCUCAGCUCAGGACGAUGAGCAGAGGCAGCAGCUGAUGGAGGACGAAGACGACACAGUCGUCCCUCCUCAGGACAGAUUUAAAGACCCAGAGAGUCGGGCCGCUCUGAGGAGCAGCGCUGUGAAGUAUCUGAGAUACAACCAGAACCUGCUGCCCAUGUUCGCCUGCCCCGGACAGAUGUGACAUCAUCGGGUUAGCAAAAUAAGUUCUCUGGAAGUUUAACAUAAAAAUGAAUCAGACUGAACCUUUCUGUUGUUUUGGAUCCACUAAACAUCGAGUCACCUCGAGCUGACACUUAGAGACUCUGGUUUAUUCCUCUUAAUACAUUCAUAAAGCUGAGUUCAUGAGUCAGCAUCCUUCA